UGUCCGAGCAUACUCAUUCUUCUAGUCAAGCUCAUCCUCCGAGAACUCGGAGGGCUGUUAUCGCUUGCAUGCAUUGCCGCAGGAGACAAGUCAGGUGCGCGCGGUCAGAGAGCGGUGGCACUAAAUGUCAACGCUGUGAAAGGAUGAACCUGGACUGUGAAUACAUUCGAGCCAGCGAAAUGCAGACCCCUCCACGAGGUUCGCCCCUCCUCCUCCCUCACUCUUCACGGCACACAACAUGGCCGGGUCUGUCGGUGACUUCCCACUCAUCGCGUCAACCCUCUUCAGCAAUGCUUCCAACGUCUCAAGCGGCACAUCAUUUUGAUCAGUCGCUCGCUUCUUACGCUCAAAGCCACCACGCACGUCACACGAACUCUCCUGGCAACGUGCAUCACGCUCCUUACGGCUCAUUCAAUGGUUACUCGUCGGGGCAUAUUACGCACUCGACUAGCGCCACACCACCACAAUUUAGCUUGUCACAGUCGAAUCUGCCCUGGACCAGUCAGCCUACCCCCGAAUUGGAUGCUGCCCACUACGGCACCGCACAGUAUACCGAUGUCGAGGACAGCAAGGCAUGGUACAUUCCCGACAUUGCCAGCACUGAGGGUGCCAGUCGCAUGCACGCCUCACCGCAGCCCGUGACUUGGGUCGAGAGCGUCUGGAGAAGCAACGAUACCCCCGUUGGCCCAAACGCCGGCAGUCACUCGACGCAGCACUCUGCCCCGUUUUACGGGACUCAAGGGACCAACCCAGGUUACAGUUAUGAUCCGUAUACCGCCAUGGGAUACAGCAGUUCUAACAAUGCUUGAUUUUCGACGGUCUGAGUGUUCUGGCGCCGAAAACUCACAUCACGUACCCACUCCUCGCUUGCAACUUCCUAUCUAAUAUUUUGGAGUGCGUCUUGGGAUCGCAGUCUAGUCUCUCAACUGUAACACAUGUAUCUUCCUUCUUGCUCUCUAUUGUAACGCUCCGAUCGAACCCGCUCUUGUGCUUUGAUGCUUUCUUGCUGACAGUUGUGUAGCCUUUUCCGAACCUGUGUCGCCGGCCGUCUCGUUCUU